UCCCGUCGACGUGGCCACGCGGAGGCGGCGGCGGCGAUGAGAAGAAGCAGCAGCAACAGCAGAAGCAGCAGCAGCAGAAGAAGCAGCAGCAGUAGCAGAAGCAGCAGCAGCAGAGGGGGGUGACCGCGAGAGUGCGGCAAGGUUGGCGGUGGCGGUGGAGGAGGUUUCUAGGAGGCCGGGCUUCUAUCUUGUUUGUCUGCAGGCUGACGUGAGAAACAAACGAAACUUGCAGCUUGAAGGAUGGAGGGAGAUGAGAGUAAGGUGGACGCUGCUGAGGAGGAGGUUGCAGAAACUGUGGACGUGGAAAUGAGUGCCGUUGUGAGCGGCACGGAGGCAGGAGCAGAACCAGUGGCAGAAGAUUCCAGCUCCACAGGUAGCGGAGAGGACGAGCCUGUGUCAGCCAACCCUGAUGGUGUGGAUGCCAAGGAGGUUGUCAAGGAGGAUGUCAAGGAGGUUGUCAAGGAGGAUGUCAAGGAGGAUGUCAAGGAGGUUGUCAAGGAGGAUGUCAAGGAGGUUGCCAAGGAGGUUGCCAAGGAGGUUGCCGAGGAGGUUGCCAAGGAGAUUGCCAGGGAGGAUAUCAAGGAGGAUGUCAAGAAGGAUGCAAAAGAAGAUGCAAAGGAAGAGGCCAAGGAUGAUUCCAAGAAGGAUGCCCUGAGCACAGCCGACACCAGCGAGGGUCCAGGAGAGACCCAGACAGCUCAGCCCGCCACGCGGAAACGACCAGAACCCAAGCCGGGUUCCCCUUCCCCCGUGGAACCAGACACCCAACCACAGCCACCACAAGAGGCUUCUCAAGGAGGGGGCUGGGGGUCGUGGGGCAGCUGGGGAAAAUCCCUUCUUACCUCCGCAACUGCAACAGUCUCCUCCGUUGGCCAUGGAAUAACACACGUCAUGGAGAAAGCCGAAGCUUCUCUGGGCAUCCCAACACCGGCUGAUCUUUCGGCAGAUCAGAAGCAGGCCGAGGAUGCUGCAGUGGAGACCACCACCCCACCAAAUGAGUCAGCGACGGAGGCAAGCGGCAGCCCUGUGGUGGAAGGGCAAGGAAAACCAGUUUCACCGACGGGUGGGGCGUUCGGCAUGCUGUCUAAAUACGGUGGCAUGACUGCAUCCGCGAUUACAAAUGCUGUGCAGAAUACGAGCAAGACCGUCAUCACUGGUGGCCUCGAUGCACUUGAGCUGAUUGGCAAGAAGACGAUGGACAUCUUGGCGGAGGGGGAUCCUGGCUUUCGGCGUACAAAGGGUCUUCUGCACAAGACGACCACCCUCUCUCAGGUCCUGCGGGAGGCCAAGGAAAAGGAGGAGCAACGUCUGUCUCAGGAAGGUGCGGCCGGGGUGAUUGGUGAUGGGAAGAAGGCCCACUAUGGCCUCCUCUUCGAUGAGUUCCAGGGCUUGUCUCAUCUGGAGGCCCUGGAAAUACUGUCCAAUGAGAGUGAGAACAAGGUGCAGGCCGUGAUAGCGGCAUUGUCGGGAGAAGACCUGGAUCGCACUCGGCAUGAGUUGGAGCAGAUUAAAUCUGCGCUCGCCCUGGAGGAGUUGGACGAAGAGGUGGAGGCCACCGACGAAAAAGGAGAAGAGGGCCAUGAUUUUGUGAACGUCAUAACUGAGCUCCUCUUCAGCCUUCACGUUGGGGUCACACCGGACAAACUCAACAAGGCGAGAGAAAAAGCGGACACCUGGCUGAGGGAAGUGGGCGAGGAGACUCUGAAGGAGGAGGAGGAGGAGAAGAAUGCGGAGGAGAGCCCGAAACAGAAGAAAACCGUGCAGGACAUCCAUGGCUUGUGCAUCGAGAGCCUGGCGGAGGUGACCGCUCGCUCCAUAGAGCAGUUCCACAAGGCCGGGGAGCUCAUCCUGCACGGCACGGAGCAGGAGCACACAGCCCUGCAGAGGGCGCACAGCCUCACCAGGUUAACAGUGGUCUUGUGCAAGGAGUUGUCGACGCUUUCAACAAAGUUUACAAACUGCUUGAGCACCGUUGGGGCUCACGAGAAGUCAGAGGUGCUGAAUCCACUCAUCACCAGCAUUUUCUUGGAGGCCUCAAACAGCACGACGUACAUCCAGGAUGCCUUCGCACUGUUGCUGCCCAUACUACAGGUUUCUCACAUUCGGCAAGAUGUGGACAGUGCCUCCUCCUCCUCCUUCGCCUAAGGCUGAUGAUAUGCUGAGUUGUAGCACAAUCACUCCUGCGGUGUGCCGUCAUGCCCCAAGUAAACUAUAAAGGGAUCAGCGGGAGUUGUGCUCUCUCGUGGACUGAACAAGAAUGUGUUUGCACUCACCAGACCUUCCCAGUUCCCCUGGGUUUUUGUAUCACGUCUUGAUGCAUCGCAAAAAGAUUGGCUAUCAACGAGGACAGGUGGCAUGGAUUGCUAACACCUUUGUCUCAGUGUUGAGCCAGCACCUCUGGGAUUGGUUCGAAUCUCGGGGGGGGCCUCGAUGAAAGAUUAAACCACGUUCUCAAGCACAGCCGGAUUUAAGUUCCUGACUGGCAUUCUCAAGUGAACUUGCCGGAACAAACAUCUCUCGUACCUUGCGCUUGGCAAAACGAAUGCUAUUAAAUUAAGAACAAACAUCCGCGAGAAAAACCAUUACCUUGUUUACAUUUAAAAACACUACCAUUACCACACCCAUUGAAAGUAACGGCACAAAAGUUUGUUGAAAAUCCAGUGGUUGGCAUUUGCAGGCUUUUGAUGUCCCUGUGUAUCUUGACUGACUGAGGCCAAAUUGAUCGGCCAGUGUCAACUUGCCAUGAGAGAGGAAUUUGAAGUGUCUGUUAUUUACGAGAGGCGAUUGAAUGUCUGUGGCCUGACAUGGAGAGCAAUAAGUGAAGCUUAGGAAAUGUAUCUUGACACACAUUCUUGAAAAGGGCAAUUAACUUAGGCCAUUUGUUUCAGGGUUUUAACCCCUAUCAGGAUGGAAUGUUCCUCUUGCUUCUUAAACCAUUAUUUCACAGCACGUAAUUUCACUGCCACUGAAACAUUUAUUUUUUCAGCAAAUCACCACAAAUUGUUUUUUCUUUCUCUUUUUCUUGGUUCUUUCGGUAAAGUCACGUAGAAGGAAAAUAAUAAAAUAAUAAAAAUAAAACAUUUAAUAAUUCUCACGACGUUUCGGCCACAAUGGAAGCAGCCGUCUUCAGGUGGAGAACAGGUCUGUCGAGAAGACAGACCUGUUCGAGAAGACAGACCUGUUCUCCACCUGAAGACGGCUGCUUGCGUUGUGGCUGAAACGUCGUGAGAAUUAUUUUAUUAUGUUUUAUUUGUAUUAUUUAAUUAUUUCCCUUCUACGUGACUUUACCAAAAGAACCAAGAAGAUGAAUCCCUGCAGUCACGAAAGCUUUAAAUCGAAAUUUACACCACAACUUUGUAAACGGAAGUCACUUGUAGCCAGUAUUGGGGGGGAUUUCUUCAAUAUGUUAUGGAUAUCUUAUAAUGUCUCCCCAUAUUCCUCUGAGGUCUAAAUAUUUCUCCACAAUUCGGUUAAAUAAAAAGCAAGGUUUCAAGUAUCUAUUCAAAUGACCGGUAUAAUCCAUUGCUAUGAAAUGCAAUACUGCUUUAACAUUGCAAACUUAUACAGCGAAACGUGUCCCCGUUUUGUCGUAGCACCAAUACUUUGUGAGGCUCCAGAUUCUUCGAUCGGUGUGAGUGUCGUGCCUGUGCGUGGCCAUUCUGGUUUUAAGCCCACGCGCAGUUGCAAACAAACAUCGAGGUGCUGAUUUUGAGAAUGUGGCCCCUGUGGCUGCCAAAUGAGCAAACCACUCCAGCAAGGUUAAUUUUUAAUAAUGAAAGAAAGGAAAAUUUAUAAAGGACCUCUGACCACCCAAUUCUAUAAGCUGCUGCAAUAAUAUUUUGUUUUUUUUUACGUUUGUAUGACCGCGUCUGUUUUCUUUCCGAGGUAAUUGCCAUUGGAAGUCUCAGAUAAUGACUUGUCAAAUGUAUCAACUUAUUCACCUGCGCUGUAGGCAAGAAUGGAAGCGCUUUCGGCGCAUAGGAAAUAUGUCGGUGGAUCCCAAGUGGGUAGAGAAAUUGAAAAUGAGGCCAGUGUGGAAGAAAUGUUUGUCCAACCUAAUUCCUCUCAAUCCUGUGCAGCGUAGCAAUGUUGCUGCUUCUGUUACCUUGCACAAUAAAUAAUGGGUUAAGGAAAAUAAACAAAAAUGAAAAUGUUCCGUCUGACGCAUGCUUUUGCAGAAACAUCUACAGAACAUUGCUUAUUGCCACUAGCAACAGAGACAUUGUUUUAAUACAAUCAUUGCUUAGGAAUUGCUGUACUGUAUUUAGUAAAUAUUCAGUUGUAUCGCAAUGAUUUUUUUGGAUUGUGUUGUUCCCGUUUGUUGACAGUGUAAGUUCUCCAAGUUUCCUUUCUAAUUUUUGUCUUUUAUUUUCAAGCAUCGCUACUAAUUCCAUGUUGCUGCAAGUUUCAACCACGAGCACUGACAUGCUUAACACAUUCAACUCUUUUAACGUGAAGUCAUUUGAUGUACCUUACCCGCGCUGAUGAAUCAAACAUUUUGAUACGAUACAUUGUUCUUGUGAAAUAAGUUCAAGAGGUUUCAAAUGUAUAAGACAAGUAGGUGGCUGGGAUGUUCAUUGUAGACUGUGUACGUUGUUUGCACCCGGCAUGUCAGUUUCUGUGAAAUCAUGGGUUCCCUUUUGACGUGCGUAGACUUUGUCUUAUUCACCAAUGAUUACGCAACCGAAGACGAUCCUAUGCAAUAAAUGCAGCCUUACCCAAACACUAAAGGGAAAAACAUGUUUGCAAGACAAAAGCAAAGCUGCAAUCCUCGCACCCUAUAACAAGGCAUUUAAUUAAAAGUAGGUUUAAAGAAGACGGAUCGUUAUGGGUGUCUAGUUUAAGGAUUUGUACUCUGCCGUGGCCGAUGCUUUGCCAAUGCUGAUCUGACGGUUGUCCAAAAACGGACAAGAAUAUGCAUUACCUUGUGCAGAGUAAUACUUUAGCAGCCUAAUAGCAGCAGCCUCAUGUCGGGUAGGAAAGUGCAAUCACGAGUUUUUGCUCAUAUCUAUGCUCAACAUUCCGAUUAUUUAAAACGACUGAAGGGCUGCCUGUCAAUAGCAUGCAAUGUAUUUUAUUGACCUGUGUUUGAAACCUAUAAAUAAAUAAAAACUUCAAUUCUCCUUA